AUUCUUCUUUCUUUAUAUAGAUCGUCCAUAUUUUUGUCGCGUGGAGCCAGAUGUGUUUCUCUCACUUUAUGGAAUUGGCAAGAAGAAAUUCAACAAAGAGGCUUGCAGAUGCUGUCGAGACACUAUUAAGGCAGUCUAUGGUUCUCAGUCCAAGGAGUUGGAUAAUUUCAACAGCUCCUUGAACAGAUAGUCUUCUGCUCAAAUUCAGAUUCCCAUUGGCUGUCUGCAUACUACAGUCUGAAUUUAUGAGGGACAAUAGUAGGCAAAAAAAGAAAAAAAAAAUUGCAGCACAGACAUCAUCCUGUUCUCCCUCUGUUUUCUUUUUUCUCUCUUCUGCCACAAACAUAGGAAAAGCUAAGGAGGGAUGCUACUUCACUUGCCAAAAGCCUUGCAACUGUGCUCAAUGUGAUAUUUUCAUGACUUGUUACCGCACAACUUUCUGUCUUCUACAUGUAAUAUUUUCCAUCUUUGUGAUUGAAAUAUAACUUUACAUGCCACAUACAGAUGAUAGUGGAGUGCGACAAUGCCAUGGCCAUUGAUCUCCUGAGUUAUGCAAACAAGGUUAAUCCAAUUACGUCUAACAUUUUGGAAGAGAUUCACAGGGCCAGAGAUUUCGGUUGUCUUCAAUCACAUUUUUCGUGAAGUCAAUUCGUGUGCUGAUUAUUUGGCAUCGAAAAUUCAAGUCCAGAUAGAGGUUCUGGAUAGACCUACUGCUGAUGUCCCUUCUUGUUCAUGAUAUUGGUUCUGCUUCCAACAUGAACCCGAGCUAGUCUGUUUUUAUUUUUCCUAUUUCUACCAAAAAAAAAUUGCUAAUUGCAUCAAUCAAACUGGGCCAUGGGCACCUAAAUGAUAAUACCUAUGUUGAUAGAAAUGGACGACGUAAUGAGAGGAGCAGAAAUGUCGAGCAAAGUAGUCCACCAUGUUGAAGCUGCUGCCUUGAGCUUAGUGGGUGAAUGAGAAAUUACUGCCAAAACCCUUGCUUUUUUCCCUUGUGAGUGUGUGUGUGUGUGUGUGUGGGGGGGGGGGGGGGGGAAGAUGCUCCUCUUUUCUUGUGCUGCUUUUUGCCCAAAAACAGAUUCGUUUCAUAGUGAGACUCAUGCUUGGUGCUGUUCAUAGAAAAGAAUAGAAUCUCAUCAGUAAAUGGGCGGUGCCAGAUUGGGCAACGAUCAAAAUGCUGCUCCCGGAGAGCCACUUCUUUUCCCCCUCCUUUACAUCCAACUACAAGUUUUAUAUAGCACUUCCCACCUCUAGAGCACUGGCAAUUUGUAAAAUUUUCCUGGUUCUGCAUAACCAAGUCUGAACUUGUGGGUGGUGUAUAACCCACUAUGACCUCUUCCACUAAUUAUAUGCAAGAACUACCCGUCAUAAACUGUUAUUCCGCUCAUAAUUUUGAUUCUGAUAGCAUCUAUGAAGAGUGUCCUCCGCUACUAGAAGCUAUAAGCUAUCUUUGCAUGGUAUCGGACUCCCACAAUCCUUACGAAGAGGAUGUCUUAUGCAGCUACUCAAUUUCUCCACCAUAUGAGAAAGGUGAGGUCUAUCUUGCAGCUGGUUCCCAUGGGCGAGAUCAGCUGCCAUACAACAGCUGGAGGAAUUGGGACCGGGCAUAUGACUGUUGCUUCAACUUAAGUGGCUAUUAUGAUGAUAACUUCUCCUCCUAUGAAGAUGGCAAUGGACCGGAAAAGGCAGAAUGUUGGCCACAAAGUGAUGAACAUGAAGUUGGUUACGAUAGCCAUCUUGACGAUGCAGAAAACCAUCUUUCUUUUUAUGAUACAGCUUUGUCUGCCACUGAGUCAUGGUUUGGACUUGUGGGAGAGGAAGAUUCCAAUUACUAUGGCGGGCAAAACCUCACAUACGCUUGUAGCUACAACUACAACUACAAGCCGGAUGAAUUGGGGCUUUUUGAAGGUAUUUUUGGUUACUGGCCUUGUUUGCACCAGCAACACCCACAGCCACAUGUGGAAUAAAUGGCUUACGUACAGUUCAAGUCUUA